GCAACACUUUGCAAGGACACAGUGGAGGGAGCACGUCAGCGCUCUGACUUCCUCCCGACGCCGCCUCUGAUUGGCUCCUGGACAUGUAAGAAACCGGUGAAUGAGCGGCUGGUCCUUGCAGAAACUUGCUUGAGGUCUUUGGUGGCAUUGCCCUUUCCUCCUCGUCAACCCGGCAGGCCAGCCGAUCCGGGGGAGGAUGAGGUCGUCGUGUGUCCUGCUCACUGCCCUGGUGGCGCUGGCCGCCUAUUACAUCUACAUCCCCCUGCCAAGCUCCGUCUCCGACCCCUGGAAGCUGAUGCUGCUGGACGCCACUUUCCGGAGCGCACAGCAAGUGAGUAACCUGAUACACUACUUGGGCCUCAGCCAUCAUCUGCUCGCGCUGAACUUCAUCAUCAUUUCUUUUGGCAAGAAAAGCGCAUGGUCGUCUGCUCAGGUGAAAGUAACAGACACUGACUUUGACGGUGUGGAAGUCAGAGUGUUUGAAGGCUCUGCAAAGCCAGAAGUGCCGCUGAAACGCAGCGUUGUUUACAUUCACGGAGGAGGCUGGGCCUUGGCAAGCGCAAAAAUCAGGUAUUAUGAUGAACUGUGUAAAGCAAUGGCUGAGGAAUUGAAUGCUGUCAUUGUCUCCAUUGAAUACAGGCUAGUUCCAAAGGUUUAUUUUCCUGAGCAAAUUCAUGAUGUUAUACGUGCCACAAAGUACUUCCUGCAGCCAGAAGUCUUACACAAGUAUUCAGUUGACCCAGGCAGAAUCGGCGUUUCUGGUGACAGUGCUGGUGGGAAUUUGGCGGCUGCCCUGGGCCAACAGUUUAAUCAAGAUGCCAACCUAAAAAACAAGCUCAAAGUGCAAGCUUUAAUUUAUCCAGUUCUUCAGGCUUUAGAUUUUAACACACCCUCUUAUCAGCAAAAUGUGAACACCCCCAUCCUGCCCCGUUAUGUCAUGGUGAAGUACUGGGUGGACUACUUCAACGGCAACUAUGACUUUGUCCAGGCAAUGAUAGUUAACAAUCACACUUCACUUGAUGUGGAAGAGGCUGCUGCCCUCAGGGCCCAUCUAAACUGGACAUCCCUCUUGCCCGCAUCCAUCACAAAGAACUACAAGCCUGUCAUGCAGACCACCGGCAACACCAGGAUCGUCCAGGAGAUCCCUCAGCUGCUGGAUGCCCGCUCAGCCCCACUCAUCGCAGACCAGGAAGUCCUGCAGCACCUCCCAAAGACCUAUAUUCUAACCUGUGAGCACGAUGUCCUAAGAGACGAUGGAAUCAUGUAUGCAAAGCGUUUGGAGAGUGCAGGUGUGGAGGUGACCCUUGAUCACUUUGAGGAUGGCUUCCACGGAUGCAUGAUUUUCACCAGCUGGCCUACCAACUUCUCAGUGGGAAUUCGGACUAGGAAUAGUUACAUCAAGUGGCUGGAUCAAAACCUGUAAAGGAGUGAAAUUUCUAAAAGGCUUGAGCCCCUCUUGAUCUCCUGCACCUGUCCUGGAAAGACGUUCACUCUUUAGUUGACUAAUUUUCCCUCGUUACUUGAGUUAUGGAAUUUCUAUUCCCUGCAGACUUUGUGUUAAUUUAAUUUUUAAAAAUGCUUUUGAG